AUGGACGCGUCGCGCAAGACCUCCCACAACCUCUUCGAGGUCUACCUCCGCCUGCGACCACCGCCGCAUGGCAACGCCAACCCCGAGCGCAUUCUUGACGUUGAGACCCCCGAGACGGACUCGCACCCGACGCACAUCACCCUGAACCCGCCUACCGACCGGCGGCGCGCCAUCGAGAAGUUUGCCUUCACCCAGGUCUUCCAGGAGGAUGCCUCGCAGCUCGACGUUUUCCACAGCUUGGAGAUUGCCUCGCUCGUCGAGGGUGUGCUGGCGCCCCAAGGCGGCGAGGGUACUGAUGCCGUCGUAGCCACUCUGGGCGUUACUGGCUCAGGAAAGACACACACGAUCCUGGGAUCCAAGAACCAGCGCGGCUUGACACAGCUCGCCGUCGACGUCGUCUUCCGCUCCAUUGGCGAAAACAUGCUCGAUAUGCACUCGCUCUACGCCGCCCAAGAAUCCCUCCAGGCAUGCGACGCCUCCGAAUCGCCCCUGACGCUCGCGUCUCAGUUCUUCGAUGCCGGCGAGCACUUGGGAGCUUCCCGCGCCGGCUCUCGCGCCGGAACCCCCAUGAUUCCGUCUGCGAGCACCAUGAACUGCCCUGCGACGCCCAAGCGGGCCAAGCCAAGGAGCUUCAUGUCCCUCACCACCGCAAGCCGUGUCAAGAAUAUUGCUAAAGAUUAUAUAAAGGGCGACCACAGCGUUCUGUCUCCUCCACCUCGACGCCAGCCGCAGCGCACAUCGGCACUCCCCCAACUGCCCGACGUCAGCGGCAUCAACGUCUCGUGCGACCCGUCAGCUGAGUAUGCUGUUGUCAUCUCCAUGUAUGAGGUGCACAACGACCGCAUCUACGACCUCCUGACCCCGCCCUCCAAGUCGGGUGCGACCAAGGAACUUCGCCGCCGGCCUCUUCUCUUCAAGUCCACCGAGCUCUCGCCCGACCGGAAGGUUGUGGCUGGGUUGCGCAAGGUGGUCUGUAGCACAUACAGCGAAGCUCUCAUGGUGAUUGAGGCCGGACUGCAGGAACGAAGAGUGACGGGAACCGGCAGCAACAGUGUCUCCAGCCGAAGUCACGGUUUCUUCUGCUUUGAGGUCAAGAAGCGCACCCGAAGCAGGAGAGGCGGUCCUUGGGAAGGCAGCAGGUUCACCAUUGUUGAUCUUGCGGGCAGUGAGCGAGCACGAGACGCCAAGACGCAGGGUGCUACGCUCGCCGAGGCCGGCAAGAUCAACGAGAGUCUGAUGUAUCUGGGCCAAUGUCUCCAGACGCAGAGCGAAGUUGGCACUUCCACCAAGCCCAAUGUUGUGCCUUACCGGCAAUGCAAGCUUACGGAACUCCUCUUCUCCAACUCAUUCCCGUCCUCGUCCGCCGCGACGAACCCUCAUGCCCCCCGUCAUAACCCCCAGAAAGGUGUCAUGAUUGUCACGGCUGACCCUCGAGGCGACUUCAACGCUACCUCACAGAUCCUGCGAUAUAGUGCUCUGGCACGCGAAGUUACUGUGCCGCGCAUUCCUUCCAUCACCAAAACGAUCCUCGCGCAUCCUCCCGUCAUGGCCAACAACCGGUCGCCCAGCCCCAGCCACCAGCAUCCUCGGCCGUUUGCGCCGGCAGGAUCGGGCUCGUAUAGGAACUACACCCCGCCCAUGAGCUCUGAUGAGCGUGCUACCAUGGAGAUUGCUGCGCUGGAAAUCGCCCGCCUUAGUGAUGAGGUCGAUCAACUACGCGCUGAGGUGGACCACCAGACGGACGCACGGGUCUCCGCUGAGGCGCAUCUUCUGACCAUGGAAGACAAGAUGCUAGACCUCGAGAUGGCCAUCCGCGAUGACUGCGCCAUGGAGUUCGAGCAGCGCCUCGCUCUGGAGCUGGCACGCUGGAAGGCGUCAAUGGCUCUCGAGCAGGAGCGCAAUGACGAGCACUGGGACCGCAAGGUCGAGGUCCUGGAGCGCGGUCUGGCCCCGGGCGACGAUGACGUCGACUACGACAAGGAGAAUGUUCUGAUUGAGGACCUCGAGGACGAAGUCGAACGCCUGCGCCGCGAGAACGGCAUCCUCAAGCGCGAGCUGGCGUCCCGCAGCCCAACCAAGCGUCGCCCCCUCGAGGAGCGCGACGACUUUGCGCCGCAGUCCGGAUCCAAGGGCGCCGCUGCCGACGGCGUCUCGAACCUGGGCCGCAAGCUGGAGCGGAUGCGCGUUAGCGGCGAGAGCGCCCGUUCGGCCAGCGCCGCGAGCAAUGGGAGUCCCAAGAAGAUGCGCAAGCUGGGGACGCGGCGGUGGGAGGAGCACGAGGAACGCGAGUAG